GUCUCUAUAAUAACUCUUUAGUAAAAAAAAAAAUCAAAGGUUCACAUCCAUCUUCUUCUUCACUUUACCAAAUCGUAUCCGAUUUUUAGGGUUUUUCAGCAUCUGAGAAUUUUUAUUGUUAUCUUGUUGAUACCUUCGAAUCCUAUCUCUAUUAUAUUAAAAAAAUUCUAGGCUUUUCUUGAUUCGUAUCUGGGAAUCUUAGAUAUUGGGUUAUUCAUCUUCCGAUUCGUCAAAAAAGUCGCAUCUAUGAAUCCGAAUAUUGAAGUAUUAUCGCUGGAUUCACUACCAGUUGGAUUAAGAUUCCGUCCAACGGACCAGGAGCUUGUCCGUUUCUAUCUCCGGAGGAAAAUCAACGGCCACGAUAACGACGUCAAAGCCAUCCGAGAGAUCGAUAUCUGCAAAUGGGAACCUUGGGAUUUACCUGAUUUCUCUGUGAUCAAAACAAAAGACUCAGAGUGGCUCUUCUUCUGUCCAUUGGACCGGAAGUACCCAAACGGAAGCAGACAGAACCGGGCAACAAUCGCAGGCUACUGGAAGGCGACAGGGAAAGACAGAAAGAUAAGAUCGGACAAGGACAACAUCAUCGGAGUGAAGAGAACUCUGGUUUUCCACUCUGGUCGAGCUCCCAAGGGGACACGAACCAAUUGGAUCAUCCACGAGUAUCGAGCCACAGAGAAGGACCUGAGUGGCACCAAUCCAGGCCAGAGUCCAUUUGUCAUAUGCAAAUUGUUCAAGAAACAAGACCUGAGUUUAGCUGAGGAAGAUUCCAAGUUGGAUGAAGCUGAACCUGCAGUUUCGUCUCCAGCUGUUGCAGCAUCUUCCCCGGAUGAUACUAAGUCUGAAGUAUCUAUGGUCGCUAAAACAGAAGACGUGAAGCGUUGUGACAUUGCAGAAUCUUCUCUUGUAAUCUCCGGCGAUCCUCAUAGUGGUGCUUGCGAUGAGGCUACAACCGCCGAGCUUGGACAUCUCGAUUGGCUGUCUUUUCCGGAGCUGGAGUCUGUGAAUUACAAGCUGUUCUCUCCAUUACACUCUCAAGUCCAGUCCGAGCUCGGAUCCUCUUUCAUUGCAAUUCAGCCUGGCUCGAGUGACUUUUCAGGGAACCACAACAACAACAGCUUCCAAAUUCAGACUCAGUACGGUACAAAUGAAGUAGAUACAUAUAUAUCCGACUUUCUCGAUUCGAUUCUUGAUCUCCCAGACGAAGUUCCAGAGAAGCAAAAGUUUGUUUUGCAGUCAGGGCCAGAUCAGAUUGCGCCAGCGUAUCAACAGCGUCCUGCAGGUGACAUGAGCAAUGAUGUUUCAAGAACAGGUAUCACGUUAAAGACUCGGCGGGAACAACAAUCCUCAGGUUGUACCACUGACUAUAUCAUGCAUGGAAAUGCCUCAAGAAGGCUGCGUCUGCAAAGUAAACUUAACGAUGUUAACUCGAAGGAUACAGAGCUUCAAAUAAUCAAGAGAGAGGUUGAGGAUACGGUCGGGGAAACCAUGAAGAAGGGAAAGCCAAUGAGAUCAAAGAACAGAACCGGAUUCUUGUUUAAAAAGAUGGUGUCCGUGAAAUGCUCAUACGGAGGACUUCUUAGGGCGGCCAUAGUUGCGGUCCUGUUCUUGAUGUCUGUCUGCAGUCUAACUUCAGACUUCCGAGCUUCCGUGAUGAUCUGAAAACUGAAAUCUUAUACAUUAUAAUAGUGUAUAUAGUGCCAGAACCGGUUAUCUUCUCUUUUUUUGCUUUGGGUGAUGGAUUCAGUUUUCACCUUAACCGGGGUCAGUUUAUGAGGGUAUUUUGUUUAUAUAUACAUGUAUAACGUUAAUACAUUAUGAUGAGAGAGGUCAAGACUUUAGCUACUGCUUUUGACUUUAUUGAAGUUCUUACGUAAUUAAGGUUUUGUUUCAAACA